AUGCGCAAGCAGCCCUCCAAGGGACGCUUGAUUACCGUGCUUCCCGAUAAUAUUCGCCAUGUGGCUGACUCUCCUGCCUACUUUGCACUUCAGCCCCGUUCGGCCUCUGACGAACGCCAGCGCACCUCGGCACAGAAGUCACCCGUGCGCUCCGGUCGUGAAAAUCAGCCCGGGGCACACAUGCUGCCGCAAGAGACCAAGGCGAAGAGAGACGGCGCUCGGGUGCAUCCGGGGGGAGCAAAACCUUGCCUACUGAAGCCGACAGCGUCACCCUGCGCUUUUCCAUAUACAGGCUCACCGUCAGCGCAGAUCACGGGAGCCACGGCAUCCCGCGUAACGCGCGAGAGCUGCGGCGCACCUGCCAGGGCAGAGCAGCGCUCCCUACGAUACCGUAUAUUUGAACGUCCACGACGUAAAGCGUUGACCGGCAAGCAGGCGCGUGCUCUUGUGAUCGCGCCGCCCUACACCUGUCUCUGCCUCCCAGUGGCUGUUUCCACGUUGCGCGCAGGUGUAAUGUUGAUGCUCCUCGGCGUUCCUCCCCAAGGCGAUAAAGGACGAACAAGUGCUGGCUAG